UGUUACUGUGUAUCUGUCACUUCUCCAAAAAAGUUGUGAUUCAACCGGCAGCUGCGGUUAAAAAUGUGAAUUGAUUUUCUUUUAAAUUUCCACCUUCUUUCCUAUAAUAUAAUCGCCAUCAGUAUUUAUUCAUCAGCCAAGAACAAAGUGCAUUAGUUAGAACAAACACCGACGUCUAUAAAAUGUCGAAAAUGUUGGCUCGUGUUAUUUCGCAACAGAACCGCGGAUUUCUUUUCUCCAAAAACAGUGCAAAGCGAAGUUGGCUGAAUGGAAAUGUAUUCCAAAGAGGAGUGGCGUCUGGUCGGCCCAGUGAUCCGAUGAAGGGCAAAGGUCCCAUCACUUGGAAAAGUUUCGCUCUAAUUGGGACUGCCGGACUGGGCGGUUUGUGUUUCAUGUGGUACGUGAAGAACGAGAAAGAGCAGGCAUUGUUGAAAGAACGCAAACGACAGCUAGGGAAAGCUGCCAUCGGCGGUUCUUGGGAACUGGUUGACUCCGAAGGAAACGUUAGGAAAUCGUCUGACUUUCUCGGCAAGUGGUUGCUGAUUUAUUUUGGCUUCACGCAUUGUCCGGACAUCUGUCCAGAUGAGUUAGAGAAGAUGGCAGCAGUUGUAGAUGGGCUGGAAAAGAUGGAAGAGGCAGAACCGGUUCAACCCUUGUUUAUCACGGUUGAUCCCCAGCGCGACUCGAAGGAAGUCGUUGGGAAGUAUGUGAAGGAGUUUCAUCCGAAAUUGCUGGGUUUGACGGGGACUGUGGAGCAGAUUGCUAAAGUAUGCAAAGCAUUUAGGGUAUAUUUUAGCGCUGGUCCGAAGGAUCAAGACGAAGACUACAUUGUGGACCAUACGAUCAUAAUGUAUCUGGUGGAUCCUAAUGGACAAUUUGUGGAUUAUUAUGGUCAGGAUCGGAAUAAGGAACAGGUCAAAUUCUCCAUUGUCAUAAAUAUGACAAAGUUCAAACAGAUGACUAAAAAAUCUUGGUUUUAAGUUUGUAAGGUUCCGGCUUACAGAUUAUUUUUGGUUGGAAUGUAUAUAGAUGGACUGCGUCGACUGGGGAAUAAACGACACUUAGUUUCAGUA